UCUCCUCAGCGAAACCAAAACAGUUUUGAGCCCCUUCCCUGCGGCUCCGGAAGCACCAUUUCCAACUCGGUCCCAGCAGCUCCGCUCCUCCCCCGUCCCCCCUCGCCCUGGCCCUUGGCGGGCGGGGAAGUCGGGGUAGGGGCGAGACCACGAGGAGCCCAAAGGCAGCAACAUGCCGGAGUCUUCCCAGAGUAAGCGCUGUCGCCUUUUGCCCCUUUCCAGUCCCUUGCUUGGCCCGGCGCUUCCUUUCACUCUCUCUUGCUCCCAAGGCGGCGCCGCUGAAAGGGCUCCGCAGAGGGGUUCGCGGCGCGCACACAAAGGGCGCUGGGGAGGCGCGGCGGGAGCCGACAGCGGGGCGCUGACGGGUCCCGCGCAGCCCCAGCCGACCCCAGAGGCCAGCUCUUCCCGGUCGAGAGCCAAGCGCCGGGCGGCCGCUGCCGAGGGCGGGGAGGAGGGUGCCUGUCCUUUGGGAGGUGGCUGCCCGGGGGGCAGUUGGGGCGCGCGUGGGAAAGGCUCCCGUAGAGUUGGGGAGGAAUUGAGGUUGAAGCCGAGGAAGGAGGGGCCGGAGCAGAGAGUGGAGGCGGGCGGAUGCCCUGAAGCCUGAGGAGUUGGUGAGAAGCCGCUGCGCGGGCAAAGGCUUCUACACGCGGACUCCGACUGACUCCAGGACGCGCCUCUUUGGAGAAGAGUCCCGGACCCGCCGCCGCCGCCGCCGCCGCCUCCAGGCAGCGGCCGUCGGGCAGCCGGCGCUGGCUGCCUUGGCCGCCAGGAAAGCGCACUCAGGGCGGUGAUGGUGGAGCGGCCGGCCGAGGCUCGGCGCUGGGCUCCCCCCCGCCGGCGUUCGGCCUCCGCUCUGCCGGGCGCUCCCCGCCAGGGGGCGGCGCAGCGCGGAGCGAGCGGGCUGCGGCGGGCGGCGGCCCGGUGGCGGGGUCGGUAAGGGAGCAGGCUUGGAGUCACCGCCUCCCCUGGGCACGUCGUCGCCCCCCGGCGCCUCCCGGAGUCCAGAGUCUGCGGAGGCCGCGUGGUCUGCACUUCGACCUUCCUAUGUUUGCUGUGUUGCCCUUUGGAGACAAAACAAGGCCGGUCUAGUAGACCACAACUACACACGCCCAGCCGGGACCCUGCGGAGCUUGACCACCCAGAACUGGGCGACCACGCCUACCCCCUGCGCCUGCGGACAGGCCAGCUCCGAAAAGCGCCCAGAGGACCUGCAGGCCCCGCCCCACGGGGCGGGGCCUAGAGGCUCAUCGCGCCUGCGCCGAGGCCCGAGGGCGUGCUGCGCCGUUACUUUUGAAACGAGUGGCGGGGAACUGCUGUGGGCGUCUCCGCCGUCGCUCUCUGCCGGGGGGAAGCGCACUCCUUCGUCUGUAGGACUGGCCAUGGCGCUGCAGCUCUCCCGGGAGCAAGGCAUCACCCUGCGCGGGAGCGCCGAAACCGUGGCCGAGUUCUUCUGAGAUGGCUUGGAAAUGGACCAACUUUUUAAGGCCCACCUGUGUCAAAUUGGUCUAGAGGAUUGAUCUGGCAGAAGCUGGCAUGGAGAAUGAGAGCUCACAUUCCACACAGGCCGGUCUAGUAGACCACAACUACACAGGCCCAGCCGGGACCCUGCGGAGCUUGACCACCCAGAACUGGGCGACCACGCCUACCCCCUGCGCCUGCGGACAGGCCAGCUCCGAAAAGCGCCCAGAGGACCUGCAGGCCCCGCCCCACGGGGCGGGGCCUAGAGGCUCAUCGCGCCUGCGCCGAGGCCCGAGGGCGUGCUGCGCCGUUACUUUUGAAACGAGUGGCGGGGAACUGCUGUGGGCGUCUCUGCUGUCGCUCUCUGCCGGGGGGAAGCGCACUCCUUCGUCUGUAGGACUGGCCAUGGCGCUGCAGCUCUCCCGGGAGCAAGGCAUCACCCUGCGCGGGAGCGCCGAAACCGUGGCCGAGUUCUUCUCAUUUGGCAUCAACAGCAUUUUAUAUCAGCGUGGCAUAUAUCCAUCUGAAACCUUUACUAGAGUGCAGAAAUAUGGACUCACCUUGCUUGUAACAACUGAUCCUGAGCUCAUAAAAUACCUAAAUGAUGUGGUGGAACAGCUGAAAGAUUGGUUAUACACGUGUUCAGUUCAGAAACUGGUGAGGUCCUUGAAAGGUGGCAAUUUGAUAUUGAGUGUGACAAGACUGCAAAAGAUGACAGUGCACCCAGAGAAAAGUCUCAGAAAGCUAUCCAAGAUGAAAUCCGUUCAGUGAUCAGACAGAUCACAGCUACGGUGACAUUUCUGCCACUAUUGGAAGUUUCUUUUACUCCUUCAUUCAUCAGAUAUAUCCUAAAUACCUACUACAUGCCAGAUGCUGUUCUGGGCACUGGGAUACAGCUGUCACAGAACCAAGGUUCAUUUGAUCUACUGAUACAUACAGACAAAGAUUUGGUUGUACCUGAAAAAUGGGAAGAGUCGGGACCACAGUUUAUUACCAAUUCUAAGGAAGUCCGUCCCUUCGUUCAUUUACUACUACAAUCCACAAAGUAAAUAGCAUGGUGGCCUACAAAAUUCCUGUCAAUGACUGAGGAUAAGAUAAGGACAGUGAUGUACUUAUAACUCUCAGAUGUGGUUUUCCUGAAACCAAGUCAACUAUAGUUGAUACAUUUUGUUUCACUGGUUAAUUUUUAGAUGGGGAAAACUUAACAUUAUACUUCUAUUGAACUGUGCAUAAUUGUUCCAUUUUUUGGUACCCGUAUGACUUUAUACAGGGUUGGUAUAAAUUAUUGCACAUUGUUCAGAAGGGAACUAGCAGAUUACAUCAGCAUUGUUAAUGUCAAUUCCUUUAAAGGUGGUAACUGUAGAUGGAAAGCUUUUGCCAUAAAGCUAAAUGCCUUCUUAAACCUUUUGGUCAAGUACCUUGAUUCGGAAUAUAGGUAGGGAGAUAUUUAAAUAUAAAAUACAGCAAAAGAAGUCUGAAAAUUCAGAGUCUUUGUUUAGAUCCUGAAAUUAUCUAAUGAUAAUCUGUAAGUAAUGAAAUACUGCUCCUGUUAGGUCCUUUUGCCAUUUAUUUUAUUUGUAUAUUUUCCGUAUUAAAAGCAUUUCCAAUUAUUUGAUUUUAAUUUAUAUAACUUGAACUUACAAAGCUAUGUAUAUUGCCACUGUUUAAAUUCCUGUGAUACAGAACACUUAAACAUUUUUUUUAUGUUUUAUAAAAUCAAGCUUUAAAUGAUGUAAUAAAGUUAAGUAUGUAUAUUUUAA